GCUUGAGCUUAUAUUUCACAUAGAUUAUCGUCGAGGAGCAUAUAGAGCCCUUUUAUUAUACCAGUCCCUAUCGCAUGGAAUCAUCCACACCUGGAACUACAAUCCAACAGAGCCAAGCACCUGAUUCAGCCAAUCCAAGCUCAAAUCCACGCAGACACCACUAUCGUCGCAAUCGUCCCCAAACUCGCGUACCUCCAACAGAUGCAGCCAGCUCAGAUGGCGUAGCUACUCCGGAGACAGAUGUUACAGGCGCCAGGCCACCUCACCGAAAUGUAAAUCAGAACAGAUCUGGUAAUCGCGAGCAGGGAAGCUCAAAACCCCGUAUAAGUAGACCGCCUGGCGCUUCUCAGACCGCUGGAUCCACUUCUCUUGCAGGCGAUGGACCCCUUCUACCGAGGAAGAGUCGUCCUCUAAAACGUCCCCAGGCAACGAGCGUUGCGAAUGAACCAAUUGUCAUUGAAUCUGCUCAAACUCAACCUCAAUCGCAGUCUAAGCGUCCAUCCCGGCGUUCCAAAUUCAAUGCAUCACUUUCUGAACCGGCCCCGCUAGCUAGUGAUGUCAAGCCUCAAGCUAAAGCCCAUCUCUCACUAAAAGCUUCUGCGCUGCCUAAGAAAGCCAAGCCUCCAAGACCUAAGCUACCUCCCGCUGAUGACCUCACUUCGACUCUUACUCACGCUCUCAGCACUCAUCCUUAUCCUGACUGCCCAAUCUGCUUCAAUUCUAUUCGCCCAGAACAGCCUACAUGGUCCUGCUCUUUCUCUGAUCCCUCCGAGAAUCUCCAGUGUUGCUGGACUACAUUUCACCUCAAGUGUAUUCGAGCUUGGGCAAGCAAAAGCGUCAAGGACCUCGAAGACGCAUGGCGCAUUCGUGGAGAGGAACGUACCGGCGAAUGGAGAUGUCCUGGCUGUCAAGCCAAACGUGAGCGCGUACCAUCUAGCUAUUUAUGCUUUUGUCAUCGCGUCACAAAUCCAACACCUACACGCCUCGUCACUCCCCACAGUUGCGCGUAUCCCUGCUCUCGCGAACGUGCUUCCGCUUGUGGUCACGGCUGUCCCCUUUCAUGUCAUCCUGGUCCCUGUCCACCAUGCGCCGUAACCGUCCGCAAGGGCUGCUGGUGUGGACGCCAAGUCUCAACCAUCCGUUGCUCGUCCUUGGCGUCUCCAAAUUUACCCAGCGGUGUCUCGUGUGGCGUCACUUGCAGCAAACCCUUGUCAUGUGGGAAUCCCCAGCAUACAUGUGCUCAGGUUUGCCAUCCGGGUGAGUGUAAGCCCUGCGGCGUGGCUGAGGUCGUCGCUUGUUAUUGUGGGAAAGAAGAGAAGGAAGUCCCGUGCGGUGAUAGGAAAGGUUGGGUGGUUGUAUGCGCUGUUGAGGGAGAGGUGGGCUGGGAGGGCCAAUAUGAGUGCGAUGGUGUGUGCGAUAGACCUUUCGCAUGCGGGGUACACACCUGCGAGAAAGGAUGUCACCCUCCAUCAUUCACGCCUCCAAGGUGUCCGCUCGAUCCAUCCAUCAUGCAAACCUGUGCCUGCGGCAGGUUUGCUCUUCCCACUGUCGAGCAACACGAUCGCUAUACCCACCAACGACUGGAAUCGAUCACCACUCCCAAAUCCGAUGCCAGCGGCAAGGACAUUGCAUAUUUCCUCGGGCCCCGCACAUCCUGUACAGUCCCCAUUCCCACCUGCCAGCAGCGCUGCAUCAAAAUGUUACCCGACUGCUCACACCAGUGCGGUGUGAGUUGUCAUAUCGGACCCUGCCCGCCUUGCACAGAACUCGUGGAACGCACCUGUCGGUGCGGUACGACCAAGAAGAUGGUCAAGUGCGGCGAAGUAAUCGAAACCAACGAUGGUGAUGAAACUGGGGAGGUUCUUUGCGAUCGUGCGUGCCAAGCCCUACGUACAUGCGGACGUCACCGAUGCAACCGCAUCUGCUGCCCCCUCGCAUCGCUCGCUGCUGCCCAGAAAGGCAAAGGCAAGAAACGUGCUGGCUUAAUGGACGAACUCGGUGCUGAGGAAGGCGGGCUGCAUGAGUGCGACCUUUCAUGUGGAAAGAUGUUGAGCUGUGGGAACCACCGAUGCGAGCGAAAGGACCAUCAGGGCCUAUGUGGGGUGUGUUUUCAGAGCGCAUAUGAGGAUCUCAUAUGCCCGUGUGGGCGAACGGUCAUAGAACCACCGAUUCCAUGUGGUACGGUAAUGACUUGCAGUUAUCCGUGCGCAAGGCCUCCUCCAUGUGGUCAUUCACGCAUCCCACAUGCCUGUCAUGAGGGCGUCAUCAUCGCUGGUGCGGACCCAAGCCAACCAGUGGAGGAAUCUUCUUGCCCGCCGUGUCCAUUCCUCACCAGCAAGCAGUGUGCUUGUGGGAAGAAGUUGGUUGAUAAUAUACGGUGUGCGCAGGAGCGAGUGAGCUGUGGCACUGUAUGCGGAAAACAACUGGCCUGCGGUUUCCAUCAUUGUGAACGCCUGUGCCAUGCAGACGAUUGUGGUACGUGUACCGCUGUAUGCGGCAAGUCUCGCAAAUCAUGUCUACCAGCCCAACACCCAUGCACCCAAACAUGCCAUGCCCCCGCAGCAUGCCCAGAAACCGAAGCCUGUCUCGCGCUCGUGACUCUCACCUGUCCCUGCGGCCUCCUCCGCUCCUCCGUCCCAUGCUCCCAAACAUCCUCGACUGCGAAGCUCAAAUGCACGGGCGAAUGUGCAAUCAAGAAACGUAACGAACGCCUCGCAGAAGCUCUUGGCAUCAGCCCUGAGAAGCGUGAAGGUAUGCAAGCUAAAGUCACGUAUAAUGAAGACCUGGUGGCUUUUGCGAGGGCGUACGGCAAGUUUGUAGCCCUGGUGGAGAAGACAUUUGCAGAUUUCGUGGUUUCUGACAAACGCACGCAAGUCCUGCCACACAUGCCCCCCGACCGACGUAAAUUCGUACACGAUCUUGCGUCUAUCUACCGCAUGGAUACACAGAUGGUCGAUCAAGAACCUCAUCGGAGCGUACAGCUACUGCGGCGCAUCGACACACGCAUCCCGAACCCACUCUUAUCUGCAUCCCUCCCAUCGCCAUCGCCUGCAGGGUUGGGCAAGCUCGCUGAUUUACGCGCUCCGAAACCUGUAUCCAGCAUGACAAGUGGAGGUGCAGGGUGGGCCCAAUCAAAGGGUGCAGAACCAGGGGGGAGGUGGACGGCAGUUGUUACUCGCCCUGGGUCUGGGAGUUCAUCGCCUGCACCUGGUGCGUCCUCGAGCCCGGGAGGAACUCAAGUUGGUGCUGCCACUUUGAGCUUGAAGCCGAGUGGUGGAGCGUGGGUGUCGUCUGCAGUGCAGCGUGCGAGGGACGCGGCUAGUCAGGAGAGGGGCGUGGAGCAGGAGGCAGAGGCAGUACCUGAUGAUUGGGAGGAUGAUGUAUAGAGUCGGUACACCUGUACAUACCAGGGUGAUGCUUAACCAUUGCUAGUAAGCAAUGAGGAGGUUUUGUAAGUUUAUUUGUAGUCUACAGAUCCCACAUGAUUAAGCUUAAUGGCUUCUGAGAUUCUCCGGUGUCCCAAACCAGCACUAACACCUGAAAUAUUACCAAAUUUAGAUAUUCCAGUAUCCUCGCUAUUCUCACAUAUCCCUGCCAGCUCUACCUGCUUCACCACAGCUUAUCCCCCUCACCACUCCUGUAUAUAAGUAGUAGCUUGCAUAUAUAUACAUAGAAAGACUCAUAGACCGCUUUCUGCAUGAUCUAGAAGCCUGUAUAGCCUGCAGUGCUAAUAUGUGCACCCCAGGAGGCCAG